AUGAGUAAUAACAAAAAUAUUGAAAAUUCAUCAAAAUUUCAAGUCGACUUACAAAAUCAACAAAAAUUUAACACAUCUAAUACUAAUAAUACUAAUUCUAUUACUAAUACCAACAAUAAUCAAAAUAAUCGACAACAUCAUCAACAACAAAUUAAUCAUAAUCGUAAUCUCAACAAGGAAAACCAAAAGAUUGCUUCGUUGAAUCAACAAAAAACUCGUUUAUUGUCUUGUCAAAAAUUAUUCAAUAAUAUCUGCUGCAGUCCAUAUCAUAGAAUUAUUAAAGAUUAUUAUAUUGAGAAAAUAAAUAAUUUGAGAAAUAAUGAUUCGCAUAUAACCAAUCUCUUUCUAUUCAAUGAAAUGCUGAGAAGACAUGUUUUGGAUGAAGAUAAUAAAAAGUUAUUAUUGAUGAUUUUAACAUUGAAAAAAAAAUCUUUAUUAUUUCGAAUUAUCGAUACGUUAACUGCACCAAUUCCACCAUCAAAAGAUUUCGACUUGGAAUUACUGGAAUCACGUGUUCGUGUUUUAAUAAAUUUAUUAGAAUCGAUAAUUUUCAAUAAAGAUUCAAUUGCAUUAUUUGUGUCAUCAUCUUUCUCUACGAAAACAAAAACAAAAAAUUGUUUCAACACAAUUUUUUUACAAGUACAAAAGUUCAAAUCACAAUAUAAAGAUUUUUUAAAAGAAAUUUCUUGGGCUGAUGAAGUUAGCUUAUUUUCAACAGAUUCAUCUUCACCAACUGAUUCGUCUUCAAUUCCCAUUUUCCCCGUUAAUUCUUUUUAUCAUAGCUAUAAUCGUAAUAAUUCUUACAGUUAUCACCACCACGACUCCCCCUUUCCUUCCCCUUCUUCUCCACCUUCUCCACCUUCUACCACCACUAAAUUUACUCGUGAAACUUUUUUAAAAUAUCAUUUAAAAUUUUUAUUUAGUUAUUUGAAUAAUAUAUUAAAAAUCUUUAAUAAUACUAAUGAUGAUUCCGAGUGUGAUUGUGAUGGCAAUGGCUUACAAUUUGUUCGAGUAAAUUUAGAAAUAGAAAAUUUUCUAAAGAAUUUAUUGAAAUCAAUAAAAAAACAUAAUAAUACUGUAGGAUUAAGAUUUUAUAUCAAAAGAUUGUCAUGUAUACCCGAAAAUAUCGGUAUACUUAGAUUUGGUGAAAGGUUAUGGCUAGAAUAUAUUUGGAUGUAUACUGAUUUUAAUCUUUGGACUUUCUCACCAACGACUUCUAGAACAACAUCUAUGAUGAAUUAUUUUAGUUGUUCUUCCAGAAUAAACAAAAAGAAAAAGAAUUUAUUAUGGUUUGGUAUUUUGGAUUUAAUAGAUCAAGAAUUAAUAACAACUUUUAGUGAACGUAAAUCAACUUUAACAAUUAUUUAUUAUUAUCUUAAAGAAUCAUUAAAUAACACGAGCAGUUUAUCAAUAAAGCUUAAAUCGUCAGAAAUCUUAUUGAAACUUUCUCUCAAGCGGUCCAAAUUAUUUAAAGAUUUGUGUAUUUUAGGUUGUAAACAUAAAAUCAGCAUUGAUACAUUUCAAAACAUCGAAAAAUUCUCAAGAUAUCGAUGUCCUCAGUGUCGUCACAUUAUUCAAGACGAAAAUUGUAUAUAUAUACCUCAAUAUCAUAUAUUUUCUUAUUUCCAUGUUUAUUUCAUCGCCUCUGGUCUCAUAGGCACUACAUCAACACCCUUUCUACCAAUCACAAAAAAAUCAAAGUCAAUGUGUUCUUCUUAUUAUACAAAUAUUUAUCAAGAACCUUUGUUAGUCUUUGAUCCUCCAUUAGAAAAUACAACGAUAAUGGCGCCAUCUAUUUACACUAACAACUACAAUCCCAACUUCUAUAACAAUGCUGUUGCCACUGAUAACACCAUCGUAAAUCAUUUUGAUAAUCGAGAAACUAUUACUAGUAAUGAAACAGACGAAAGCCAGUUGAUUCAAGAUAUGUUUGACAAAGAUUUAAAAAGGGUUUAUUUAUUUUUCAAACUUCCAAAAAGAAAGCAUCCCGCACAAGAAAAUCUUUAUAAAUCUUUAAGUGCUUGCAAUUAUUCUGAAGCUCUGAAUUGGUGCACAAGAUUAUUAAAAUGUUAUCCAAACACCUAUUCAAUUAGAUGCAUUCGAGCUUUUAUAAAUUUAUUAUCACAUAAAAAUUAUUUUUCUGCUUUGUUAGAUAUUGAUAUUGCGAUAAAGCUUAAACCUAAACGUUCACAAGCAUUUUAUUUACGCGGGGAAAUUUAUCGAAGAUUAGGAACACUAAGAUCAUCAAAAGAUCGUCAUCUUAAUAAUAAUAAUUAUUUUAAUGAAUUAGCAUUGAUCAAUCAUGUCAAGGCUUUGGAAUAUUCAUUUGACGAUCCAAUUAUCCUAUCUAUCAAAGGUGCUUUGUUAUAUAGGAUGGGACGAUACACUGAAGCUAUAAGAGAUUUAAAUAGAUCAUUAGACAAUUAUCCUCAUAAUAUAUAUGCACUCGGUUAUCGAGGUGCAAUAUGUAAUAAAUUAGGUUUUAAUAAUAGAGCAAUGGUCGAUUUCAACGCCGCAUUAACAUUACUAAAAUCACACAAAAAUCGUCGUGAUGAUUUAUUCAUUCUGUGCGAGCGUGCAAAACUUUUUUAUACAAUAGGAAUUAACGAAGCAUCAAUUUUGGAUUGCGAAAAGGCCUUGAGAAUAAUUCCAAAUCUAAUCAACAUGAUCCUAAUACGUGUUGAAGUUCUUUAUUUAAAAAUCAAAGAUUCAGAAGAAAUCAACAAAUUAAUAACGAUUUUAAAUAAAGAUAAAACUUGCAGAGGAUUUAAUGGAAAUCCUGGAAGUUGUCAAUUUGGUGAUAAUUGUCGAUAUCGACACGUAAUGCCAAAUUCUACAACAGUUUCUCAAUCACCAAAGCAAACAAAUUACAAAAGGGGUGUUGAUUCUAAUCAAAGAUUAAAUAAUAGAUCAGCUCAAAAUGAAUUUUCUUCAAUAUAUCAGGAUCCAGUUGAAAAAAGUUUGUCAGAAAAAGAUUCAAGAGGUCAAUAUAAAAGAAAUGUAGUAGACAGAAGAAUCAGAGGACCCGUUUUACCCAAACUUCUUGAGAUUAAUAAACCACCAAAAGAAGGUUUUCGUGCAAUAUCCAUACUUCCAACGCAAGAGGAACUAUUAGGUCGUAAACCAAAAGAUAUUCCUGUCAAUAAAACCAAAAGUUCCUAUGAAAGCAUUGAAGAAUAUCUGGAAACUCAUUAUAAAUUAUUAAGAGAAGAUUUUCUUAGACCUUUAAGACGGGGUAUUCGAAUUUAUAGAAAGGAUAAGAAUGAUGAAAAAGUUGAUCAAAUGAAUUUACGAAUUUAUGUUGAUGUAAAUCUUGUUGGUGUGACCUUUUCUAGUAUCGGUGUUUUACAUCGAAUUUCUUUUAGAACUAGACCUGGUGAAAGAAUUUAUUGGGAGCAGAGCAAAAGAUUAAUUCCUGGAACACUGGUUGUUUUGACCAAAGAUAAAUUUAAGACAAUAAAACUUGCAACUGUUGUUAACAGGUCUCUGGAAUAUUUAAAAAAGCCUCAUGAUUUACAAAUUGAUGUGCUCUUCAGAUCAGAAGAUGUUGAUUUCGUUUGGGAUGAGAAUUAUACAAUGGUAAUUCAAGAGCUUGAUCCAGAAGAUAUGCCUUUGAAAUCACACAUCAUUGAACUUGAUAAGAAUAUUGAGCUUCCAAAAUACCUUGAAAAUCGUGCUCCUCCAAUUUAUGAUUUUGGAACUGAACCAACAUUCCAAAAUCUUGAAAAGUUCUUGGGAAAAUCAAAAAAAAUAAAUUGUGGGCUACACAAGUCUCAAUAUGAAGCAUUAGAACGGAUGCUUACUUCUAGAUUAGCUUUGGUUCAAGGACCACCUGGUACAGGUAAGACAUAUGUUGGUUUGGCUGCAGUAAGGAUUCUGUUGGAAAAUUUAUCUGGAACCAUAGUUGUUUCUUGUCAAACAAAUCAUGCAUUGGAUCAAUUCCUUGAAGGUAUUCAGAAAUUUGAGUCUAAGAUAGUUCGUUUAGGGUCAAGAUCUACAUCUACACACAUAAAACCAUGUACUUUAUACAAUAUUAGACAAGAUGUUAAAGCUUCAGAUGAAUUAUCACCCAGAAAUCCAGAUAUAAAUGCAUUAUUUAAAGAAAAACACAAGUUAGAAUCUAGGAUGGAAAAUUUAUGCAAGGAAAUAGGCAGCCCAUGUCUUACCUUGGAAUUUGUUAAAGAAAAGAAACUUCUUACUCCGGCACAAAUUUCUAGUUUAGAGGAAGAUGAUUGGGUGACUAGUAGUUCGACAACAAAUGAUAAUGAUCGUGAUUAUCUUCAUAUUGAAGCAGAUUUUCGAGGUAUCGAUGGUAAUCAAACAAUAAAUGGCAAAUAUGUUAACUUGAGAAGCGAAAGUUAUGUUAGUUCUAACACUCAAGUGAGUGAUGCUGAAUUGGAAAGAUAUUCAUCUGUUGAUGAUCUAUUUGCAAUCCCAGCCCAUGUUCGAGCUGCUAUGCAUAAUCGUUGGAGAAAUGAACAUUUGAAAGAAGUGAUAGUAGAACUUAAACAAAAGAGCAAUGAAUAUCUUGAGAUUUCAGAAAAAAUUAAAAAUGAGAGAAUUCGUGAAGAUUUACUAAUCCUAAAACGUGCUAGAGUUGUUGGUAUGACAACCACAGCUGCGGCUAAAUACCAUGAUUUACUCGUUAAUUUGAAACCUAAAAUUAUUAUUAUUGAAGAAGCUGCCGAAACACUUGAAGCACAUAUAGUCAGUGCACUUACACCAGCAACUGAACAUUUAAUUUUAAUUGGUGAUCAUAAGCAGCUUAGACCAAAUACAGCUGUCCAUAAACUUGCAGAAGAUCACUGUCUCAAUGUUUCUCUAUUUGAACGACUAAUAGAAAAUGAAUUACCUUUUACAAAACUUACCCAACAACGUAGAAUGAGACCUGAAAUUAGAGAACUUUUGACUCCUAUUUAUGGAGAUGUUCUAAAGGACCAUCCAUCUGUAUUGGAAUACCAUAAUGUACCAGGUUUUUUUGAGGACCUCUUCUUUUUUGAUCAUCAAGAGGAGGAAUCUAUGGUAAAAGAAUCUAAAAGUAGAAUCAAUGAGUUUGAAGCUAAAAUGAGUGCUAAGCUUGCUGUUUAUCUUGUUAAUGGAGGAUUUGAUUGUUCAAAAAUAACUAUUUUAAGUAUGUAUUCUGGUCAAAGAAAAUUGAUACAACAGUACUUGAAUGCAAAUGCAAAAAUGACAUACUUUUCAAAUGAAAUAAAAAGUAUAAGGGUCAGCUCAGUAGAUGGUUUCCAAGGCGAAGAGAAUGAUGUGAUAAUUUUGUCACUUGUAAGAAGUCGUGAAUCAAAUAGUAAUAUAGGUUUCUUAAGUGUCAGCAAUAGAGUUUGUGUUGCACUCUCUAGAGCAAAACGUGGAAUGUACAUAUUUGGAAACGCAACACAACUAUCAAUGAACUCUGAUUUAUGGAAAAAAAUAAUAAAGAUACUUGAAAAAAAGGGGUUAUGUGAUCAAUCAAUUGAUUUAUAUUGUCAGAAACAUUCAAAACCAGAACUUGGUCCAUCAGGAAUGGUGGUAAUUAAUGUUGAGUGGGAGGCUAGUAUACCAUCAGAAGGAGGCUGUAAACAAAAGUGUGGUGAGUUCAUGGAAUGUGGACAUUUAUGUCCUAAGGAUUGUCAUACUUAUUCUCAUGAUAAAUUUAAAUGUCGAGAAAAAUGUAUUCGUAUAUUUCCUUGUGGUCAUCCAUGUGAUAAAGAAUGUAAAGAUACUUGUGGCAAGUGUGAAACUAAAAUAGUUAUAAAUCCUCAAUGUGGUCAUCAAAAAGAAGUUAAAUGUCAUAUUGGCCAAGACUUGAGUAAAUACGAAUGUAGUGAAAUAUGUGAAAAGAAAUUGUCAUGUGGUCAUCGGUGUAAAGAGUCUUGUUCUUCACCAUGGUGUACACAACUUUGCAGAACUGAAACACAUAUAAAAUAUCCUGAUUGUGCGCAUGUAAAUAGAGUUCCGUGUUAUGAUGCCAAAUAUAAAUUAACAGAAGG